AUGAGUAAAGCUAAUCGAGUCCGGCGUAUCGUUUGGGUGGACUGCGAAAUGACAGGUCUGGAUGUUAGCAGUAAAACAAUCGUUGAAAUUGCAUGUGCCAUUACUGAAGCUGAUUUGAUGGUUGUCGAAGAAGGACUUAAUUUGGUCAUAUCACAACCAAAAGAAGUUCUUGAAGGAAUGGAUAAUUGGUGUAAAGCAACAUUCGCAUCCAAUGGCCUUCUGCAGGAAAUACUAUCUAGUAAAAUAACUAUGAAGGAAGCUGAGAAUGAGAUCUUAAAAUAUGUCCGGCAACAUACUGAUUCUGGUAUGUGCCCUCUUGGUGGUAAUUCUGUUGGCAGUGAUCGAAUUUUUCUACAGAAAUACAUGCCUACACUUGAAAAGCAUUUACACUAUCGUAACAUCGAUGUAUCCAGUAUAAAAGAGUUGGUGAAGCGAUGGUACCCAGAUGUAUAUGCAAGAAAACCACAAAAAGAAAAUACCCACCGGGCGCUUAAUGAUAUUUAUGAGAGUAUUCAAGAACUGAAUUGGUACAAGAAGAAUAUUUUCAUCCCAUAA